GCUGUAGGUUCUGACCCGAAGAAAAGGCAACGUAAUCGUCCAUCCAUAAUAAAAAAAACUAGUGCAACAAUCUCUGGUUUCCCUUUAUCCAUCCAUCAUAUAUUUCAUUGAUAUUUUCUAGAAUAAAAAAUGGCUGAUACCGAGGAAAAGAAAAUCGUCGAACAACAAGAAGAAGAAGUUGAAUCCCCAGAUGUUCAUUUCGAACCUAUUGUCAAAUUGGAAGAAGUUGAAGUAAAGACAAAUGAAGAAGAUGAAGAAGCUCUCUUCAAAAUGCGCGCCAAGUUAUUCCGUUACAACAAAGACACUAAGGAGUGGAAGGAACGUGGUACCGGUGAUGUUAAAUUCUUACAGCACAAAGAGACUAAGAAGGUUCGUUUGUUGAUGCGUCGUGACAAGACCCUCAAGGUCUGUGCCAACCACUACGUUGACUCUCUCAUGAAGCUCUCUCCUAACGUUGGUUCUGACCGUUCUUGGGUCUGGAAUGUUACUGCAGACGUAUCUGACGGAAAGCCUGAAGCAGAAACUUUAGCUAUUCGUUUUGCUAACUCUGAAAACGCUAACCUUUUCAAGGAAAAAUUCGAAGAAGUUCAAAAGAUCAAUGAAGAAUUAUCCAAGAAGAGUGACGAGAAGAAAACUGAUGAAAAAAAGGAAUCUGCCUAACUCUCUCUCUCUCUCAUUCAAUCAAUCUUUGCCGAAUAUUUAACGAAUUACGAAAUCCACUCCAAGUCUGUAGCAUUUUUUUACGUAAAAAUCUUAUUCCUAUUCAAGUUGUGAUGACUCUAUCCCCAACCCACCAUUAUUUUAACCAUAUCUUCCACGUAUGACCGUCUCAUGUCAUUUAAACAUAAUUUGGUUGUGAAAUAAAGAACCGAAACUUAAUCGUUGACUGACAACAUGAGCUACUUCGUUUAUGAAAACAGAUCAUUUCAGAAAACAUCAUAGGAUGCUUCUAAAGAUUGGGUAAUCACCGUGACGAAACUUCCUAUUCUCGAUAGAAACUGUUGAAAACAAUAACAUAUUUGGUCAGAAUCAAAUUGAAUUGACUAUUCUAUUUUGACAGAAAGUAGG